AUGGAGCGGAUACGGGGUGGGUCACUCGACCCCCUUGAGGGUUUCUUCUGCUGCUGCAGAGUUACUCUCAUCCAAGCGCUAGAACCAGGGGAGGUUCUGCCGAGGGAGCAUCCUGUCUUUAAAGCAGGCCCUCGGCCUCCUCCAUCCGCACCGGCGCCAGAUGACAAGCGAGACACUCACCUUGUGUACGUCCUGCUCAGCGUGAAUAUUGUCGAAGCUGUUCUUAGUUCGUAUUUUUUCCUCAUGGUCGUCUUCUUGAGUCACGUGAUUCCUGGGCGCAUUGGAAUUACGUUCUGGCACCAGCUUGCUCUCCUCCUCUUGCAAGCUGUACCGUCAUCGAUUGGGCUUGGUCGACUGUCUAUCCUCGUCUGGCCUUUUCUGAUCAGGGUCGUCGCGACAGCCGUAUUUUUGCUCGUUUCUCUGGCCGCGAAUGUAUGCACGGAGGUGAAACGAAGAGAAGCAUUCUCGACGUGGUUGGCCGUCACUGUCUUGGAGCAAUGCAAACAGAAUGUCACCGACAUUGAAGUGAAGGCGCAGAUCACUUACGCCACCGAUCUCAUCUCAGACAGCCUCGAACUCCUGACCCGUUGCCCGAACAUUUACGCUUCUCACGUGGAUGAAAAACUUCGAGAGCAGACUGGUAGAAUCUCUGCAGCUCUGCGGUCGGGGACUCUCAUUUCUAUGCUUGAGUUGGACCUCCAGACGGAGCGACGAGCUCUCAUAGAAGUCGGAUACGCGCUACUCAAGCCUCUAGUCGAUGAGUGGAGCUGCGAAGAUCUUGUGCUGCGAAACUUCCUAUGGAGGACUGACCAGCACUACCAGGAUACACCCUAUCACAAUCAGAUCCACGGAGCCAUGGUGGCUUUCAUGAUGGCGCGCAUGAUAAAUGCACUACAAGUAUUUUCUGAAUCCCAAAUCUUGGCACUAACCGCGACGCGCUUGGCUUCACUUUGCCAUGACGUUGGCCAUCCAGGUCGCAACAAUGCCUUCCUCACGAGUACUUCUCACCUUGCGAGCAUAAUCUACAACGAUUCGUCUAUACUGGAGAAUUUCCACGCGGCCCUCACUUUCCGAAUUCUCUCCAGCGAGGACAGCAACAUAGUAGAGAACACAGCACCUGAGUUUUACAGAAGUGUCCGGGCCCUGAUGAUCGACUUGAUUCUCGCAACUGAUAUGAAAAGUCACUUUGACUUUGUCACACGAGUGAGAACGAGGAGGAAAUCACCGGAGUUCAACGUAUUACAGAACAUCGAAGACCAGUGCUUGAUGUCUGAGGCUUGCAUGAGAGCAGCAGACAUCGGCCACGGACUUGUGAACUGGGAGGAACACUACGAGUGGUCGAUGAGGGUAACCGUUGAAUUUUAUCUCCAGGGCGACGAAGAAAAGCGACUCGGAUUACCGACAUCUCCUUUGUGUGACCGCGACCAAGCAAGCCAGCUUCCAAAGUCCCAAGUUGGCUUCCUUACCUACGUUGUCCUGCCCCUUAUUGUGGAACUCCAGCCUGCCGAUGAAAGCAACGCGUUCAUAUCGUCGCUGCUGGCAAACCUGACAAGCAACGCGACCAAGUGGGAAUCUCUACAAGGCAAGGAAGUAGAAAAGCCCGCAUCAUUUAGUCGGUUUGACCAGCGCCUGCGGGGGCACGAUAUGCAGCUGGAUGUAACACUUUUGACUCGCAAAGAAGUCCCUUGA